AGCCCAAGAGGAAGAAAAGAAAAGAGAUGGGCCAGCGAUUAUUCUAACUCCGGUGACAGACUGUACUGUACUGUCUCAUUAACCCUGCGGCCUCAUAAAGCUCACUCUCACUGUCACCUCAAAUCUUUUUCAAAGUUUUGUAGUGAAAAUCAAAGGAACGAGGGAGUAAACGAGCUUCUUCACUCUCAUGGCUUCCAUCAUCGAAUCUGGCUGGCUGUAUUUGAUCACGCACUUCAGUGAUUUUCAGUUGGCAUGUCUUGGAAGUUUCUUUCUUCAUGAAAGCGUCUUCUUCUUGUCUGGACUUCCUUUCAUAUAUCUCGAAAGGGCUGGAUGGCUGAAAAAGUACAAAAUUCAGAUGAAAAACAACACCCCUGCAGCUCAGGAGAAAUGUAUUGUUCGCUUACUCUUGUAUCAUUUUGGUGUUAAUCUACCAGUUAUGCUAGCCUCCUAUCCUGUCUUCAGACACAUGGGCAUGCAAAGUAGUCUUCCAUUCCCGUCCUGGAAAGUAAUUCUAAUGCAGAUAAUAUUCUACUUCAUCCUGGAAGAUUUUAUAUUCUAUUGGGGACACCGGUUCUUACAUACAAAAUGGCUGUACAAGCAUGUGCACAGUAUCCAUCAUGAAUAUGCUACACCAUUUGGAUUAACUUCUGAAUAUGCUCACCCUGCUGAGAUACUGUUCCUUGGUUUUGCUACUAUUGUUGGUCCUGCCAUCACAGGCCCCCACCUGGUAACUUUGUGGUUAUGGAUGGUACUAAGGGUCCUGGAGACAGUUGAAGCACAUUGUGGUUAUCAUUUCCCCUGGAGCCUCUCCAAUUUUUUACCUUUGUAUGGAGGUGCUGAUUUUCAUGACUACCAUCACCGCUUGCUGUAUACUAAAUCUGGAAACUACUCAUCUACUUUCACUUACAUGGACUGGGUAUUUGGUACCGAUAAAGGUUACAGAAAGCUGCAAGCAUUGAAGAAUGCUGGAGUGGAAAAUGGCGGCAAGCAAACCUAAUGUAGAGAAGAUUCUUUUAUUUUAUCUUGACAUCAGAUAUGGGUUCCUGAUAUGCGGGCAUCUUUGACAAGUUGUUUCCCAGCAUUUCUCUUGUGCAAACCACCUUCUGUGUUAAGUCGAUGCUCAUGUUACAGCAUGUUAGUAUACUUUGAAUCAGUGGAAAGCUUUUUCUAGACAUUUUGUGCUCAUCUGUUCCCUGCAUAAAUGGAGUUGCUGUCCCGAUUUAAACCUUUUUUGUUUCAAAUUAUGAAGAAGAAUCCUUCUUCC